ACAACUACAUCAGGCAAAGACCAUAUGGAAGUGCCAUCACCAAACGUGGCCAUGGGGGAGAAAGGCUCCAAGGAAAAGUGCGUGCUAGCUGACCCAUGGAAGCACUGGGAAGAAAGCCCUGAGUGACAAGAUGUCAGUGUUCUCCAUGAUUGGCCUUGCUUGGUAUCUCAUGUACACAUGGCUUGUGGGGUAGCUGUUACACCCAGGCCUUGCAGCCUAGAGAGCUGCUGGGAACAGGAUAGCCCUAGUCAGAAUUUGUACUCCAGGCUGGAAAACUGGGGAAUUCCCUGUAAGUCCUGUUGAGGGGCUGUACCCCAAAUACAACCUGACCUGUGUCCAAGGUGGGCAACUCAAUUCUUAGAUAUUGAAUGGGUCCCAUGGCACCAAUGCUUCAACACCAGCAGCCCUCACAACCUCAGAUCACCCUGUUUUAAGGAUGAAGAGGUGGUUCUCUGGAUGCACAAGCUUCAAUCCAAAUGGGCUAACGACGCCGCAGCACAAACCCAGACUGCAGCCUGAAGGGUUGGAGCCUUGCAUUCACAGAAAGCAUCCAGACAUCAUCAUGGACUCAGCGAUACACCUAUGCUCCAAUGUAUACGAGUUACAGAUGGAAACCUCCUAUGCCUCCCAGGAAACACUACUCAAGUUUUUGAUCAAUGCUUCUCUGAAGACCCACAAGGGCUGAGAAGCUGUACAACACCAGCAGUAAAGUGAAUGCCCAGACCCCUCUUCCCUUCUUGGGUGGCCAUCUGGAAAGGCCACCGCCCCCAUGAAGGCUAACACUUCAGACCAGUUCUUGGCCCAGAUGAUCCUAGAUAAUUAUUUAACCUUGAACUAACUGUUCAUUGGCCAAGCAAGGACUGUCCCCUCUGGGGAACCACAUGCUGCGUGUACAUCCAUAACUCAGGAGAACCCACAAAAGUCUGUUCCACAUAGCAACAGAAGCCCAGGUGGCACUCAGUCUCACCGGGGUGUUCUCCAACAUCCCAGCUCAGCCAAACGGCUUUGAUUUGUUUUUAUGGUUAGACCCCAGGUCCUCAGGACACUGCUUCAGAAACAGAUUCCAAAUCCUCUUCUGUGUGUGAGUGGCAUUCCUAUCCUAGUCUCUUUGCAGGGAGUAUACUACGAUACGCAACCAGGCUGUCCCAGAGGCUUUAAACACUCCCUUGGUGCAGGCAGUUCACCUCAGCCACAGCCAAUGCAGCAUAGGGUCAAUUGUGUUAGGAGCCAUGGAGAAUCCAGAGUUGGUUGCUGCCCAGGCCUGGUCACGGCUGGCCAAGGUAGACAAGGGGUUCCUCUGUGGAGUUCUACUUUAAGCUCACCUUCCCACCAAAUUUCUCAACCGUCCUUGACAACACAAUUGUUGAAUGAACCCAACAGAAUGUUACCCUAGAAAUCAGGACACCUCAUCCCAAAGGACCUUUAAAUAGGGGAAGUUCACUUGUGCACGGCUGCUCCUUCCUACAGAAGACCUGGGACAGAGGACUGCUGUCUGCCCUCUCUGGUCGCCCUGCCUAGCUAGAAGAGCUGUGACCCCAGCCAUGAGGACCCUCACCAUCCUUGCUGCCAUUCUCCUGUUCGCCCUGCUGGCUCAGGCUAAGUCACUCCAGGAAACAGCUGAUGACGCUGCAACCCAGGAGCAGCCUGGGGAAGACGACCAGGACCUUGCUGUCUCCUUUGAAGAAAAUGGACUCUCUACUCUUAGACCCUCAGGUUCUCAGGCGAGAACCAAAUGCCAUUGCCGAAUCCGCCGUUGCAACUGGUACGAGUCGAACUUCGGGCCAUGCAUUAUAAUGGGCCAACGCGGCAGAUUCUGCUGUCGCUGAGCUUCCUAGAUAGAAACCAAAACAGUGCAAGAUUCAAUCCAAGGUCCUGAAAAAGAAAAAACACUUCACUCUGUGUACCUUGUGUCUUUCUAAAUUUUUCUCUCCAAAAUAAAGUUCAAGCAUUCAACUUAGUGUGUUUGACUUUUUAAAUUUUCUUUUCUUUUUCCUUUUUUUCCCUUUUGCUUUUUUAUAUGGUGGAUUGUACGGUUCCUUUGUAUACAGAAUUCUGAUCCACAUUAAGUUAACUGAUCUUUGCAUUCCAAUAACGCACUAUUCAAGCAUCAUAGAGCAAUAACGAAAUAGCAAAAAUGAAUAUA